UUCUCCCUUCUCCCCCAAGAACAAGAGCACUAAACAAUGAGCUGCUGCGGCUGCGUUUGGGUAUUCCCCCGUGACGAUGUGUAUGUGGACAGCACGACGAGAAGCAACCGUCCCUACCACAAGUGGUGCCCCUUUCUGAGACCAAAGCACCGCGGCAUCCUCAAGGCCUGCCUCCUCUCACUCGUCAUCAUCCUCGCCUGCGGGGUGUUCCUCGUCCUCAUGGCAUGCGGCGUCAUAGCCUGAUCGAUGGGCCUGCUCGCGGAGUGCCUCUCGCCGUGGCUCGUGUGGCCGCCGGAGCCCGAUGCCAGCUGCCGCAUCUGCCUCGACACCAACGAAGACAUCGACAACGGCCCGCUCAUAUCGCCAUGUGACUGCCGAGGGACGGGUAACAGGGAUGGAGGGAGGGAGGAAGACACGCAGAGGGAACUGCAUGCACUGAACGCCCCUUGUGUCUCUCAGGCAAGUGGGUCCACGCCAGUUGUCUGUGGGAAGCAUCAAGGAGGAGUGGUGAGCAUUCGAUGGAGGAGAGGGCGGCAGUAUGCACUCGUGUUGCUGGUGCUGUGUGUGUCUGUGUUUAGGAUGGCGGAUGGUCAACUGCUACAUUUGUAAGGCCCCAUACCGGUUCGACGACGGCAUAAGCAACGCCCAGCUAUUGGGGUGUCUGCCAGCAGUGUGCGUCCUCAUCGUCGCAUUUGGCGUCCUGGAUGGAUUCUGCCGGCGACCGGAGCAACCUUUCUUCUCUGUGAGCAUGAGACAAACCCUGUCUCUAUUGCGCCAUGCCAGCCUUCUUCCCAGCGCCAACAACCGCGGAGGGAGGUGCUCCUAUUGCACUGGACAAGACAAAGUCCCUCGACAUCCCUCAGGACGUCCUUUUGGCGAGGAGGGCUCAGCCACCCCCCGCUGAGGCGGGGUUCCAAGAAGAGCAAGAUGACUCGGAACAGAGAGAGGAAUUCGCCGGGUUCCUCUUCUUUGUUGCCGUGGGGAUCCUUGGCAUGAUGGCGUUGCGCUUCGUCCUCCACCUGCUGCUGAGCGUCUUCCAUCCCCUCUAUCACUCGAGUUGCCGCUCGCCGCAUCCGACCGCAUGUGUGACGGCGGCAUACAUACUGCUGCCUGGGCUUGUGUCGAUGGCCCCCCGCUUCGCCGCGGCGGGAGUGCCCGAUGCACUGAGCCGACGAUGGCUUCAGAUCAGCAGCUCGUGCGAAGGGAAAUGUGGUCCUUGCGACAUCGCUGUGAUGAUCCUGCUCAUUUCUAUCGCGUGGUUCUUGAGACUCGCAAUGGACAGCACUGCUCUCCGCCUCACAUGGAAUCAGCUGCAAAAAGCACUGCGGCGCGUAUGGAGAAGGAACACCACAAGGACCGUGUCUCUCUGGGCUGCGCUGCUCGAAAAUCUGCUGAAUAUACUCCUGGGGGUGGCGGAUGGGGCUUCGUUCCUGUGGUCUUUGCUUGAACGGUCUUUCGCCGCCUUCGUCUUAGUUUGCUUCCCGGUCCGCGCCGGUAUGAGAGCAGUCUUGUGCUUUGGGUGCGUGGGGCCGGUGCGGGGGGGUGUCCUGGUGGCGGGGGUGCUGUGUCUCUUCUGCUUAAUCCUCUUUGCUGAGAGGCGCAUUCGCGUCUCUCUGCGCCGUGGCCGCUAGCGGCUGGACGGCGGCCAGCCUCUGUUUGUGGGCGUUUUGGCCAGUCUUCCCUUCAGCCACUUCGGCCGGUCAUUCGGCUGUGCAUGGAGCCAUGGCCAUGAGUGCAUGGGCCUGUGCACGGAUUUAGACCGUGUAGGAUAGUUCUGCUUUAGGUCGCUUCUGGCGGAUGAGGAUUUUCUUGAAGGGCUUAAGUGGUCGGUGAAGUCGUAUUUCUGCGUCGAUUGGUAUUUUUGUGUGUGCCGAAGGGCCGAUGGACCUGCCUUGUCCUAUCCCAUCUGCACUCGUGCGUGGCCUCAUUUUGCGCGCGGAGACACUGACAGGUGCAUGGUGCUUGCCGUCCUGUCUGCCUAUCUGAUGGCUGCCACGAGAGUGCGAGUGCGAGGCGCAUGAA